UUAACAUUCGUUCAUACAUUUUCCGCCAUGUAAUGUGCGACCAUGUUCAGAUAGUAAGUAGAAGAACGAUCUGAACUUGUAAAGUAUACAAAAAAGUAACCUCAAUGUGCUCCGCAGAGAAAUAAUAGAAAUAAUAAUUAUUAACAUUAUAAUAGUUUAAAAUAUUUCUGUUUUAGAUUUGUGUAACAUGUGUAUUUAAAAUAGAUAACUGCAUAAAACAGACAAUGUUUUAUUUGAAAAUCUAACCGAAACCCAGAAAUUACCUUUUAAUAAUACAUUUACAAAUUGUUAUUUAAAUAAACAAUGGCAGAUGUAAAUAAUGAAAAAGAUAGCGAAUUCAAAACGAAAUCUGUUGAUCGCUUGACAACAGAAUAUUGUAAAAUUUGUGGAAAUUUAUGUGAUCCAUACAAUAAACCAGCAUUAUCUUGUAAUGGAUGUUCAAAAAAAAUUCAUGUAGAAUGUUUAAAGCGAAAAAGCGUUCCAGUAUCAUUUGUAGGAGAUGUAUUUUUUGAUUUAGCUUGUUCCGAUUGCAGUCCAUUCGGUGAAGAAACAAUAGCACGCAAUAGGAUGCCGUGGCUGACUGUAAUUAUAUUAACAUUGUAUAAUUUACGUGAAAAGUCAAGUGGUAUCAGCAAAAGAGGAUAUUUCCAUUGGAAAUCUGACAUUAGUACAUUUGUUGACCGUAACUGGGAUUGCUUGUUCAAAAAGACAGUUAAAAGAAAGAAAAAUUGGAUUGGUACAAUAUCUGGAACUCUUUCUCAUUAUAGCGGAAUUUUUUUUAAGUCAGGAACUACAGAAUUAGAAGAAUCUGGAUGGUGGAGGUUAAUGAGCAAUGACCCACCUGAAAUUCUUAUUGCUAAAAAUGAAAAAAUGAUAUUAGAUCGUAGAAGAAAAGAAGCUGAACAAGUAAAAGCUAAAACAUCAAAUAAAUUACAUGACAGUCCAACUCUAUCAGAAUCAAGUAUUUCAGUUGGAGAGAAUAGUAGUUAUGGAAAUGCAUCAACAAAAAAUCAAGAUUGCUCUGCAUAUUCACAAGCAUAUGUUCAACCUGAUAAAACACUAUUUGAUCUUUUACUUGAGGAGAAUGAACUAAACAAUAUAGAUAUUGAAGAUGAUAUAAUGUCUACUGAACAAAAUGACACACCAUCAUUGUCUGAUUUAAUAAGAGACUGUCAAUAUCAGACUAAUAAUUUCCAUUUUUCACAAUUACUGGAUGAUUUUACGUCAGAAUGGACAUCUACCACAACAGAUACUAUAUCACAAAACCUUAAUAUCAAAACAGAUCAAAUGAAGGAAGAUGAAGAGGAAGAAGAACACAGUAACGGCAGUCUAAAUGAAGAAGAGAGCAACGACAGUCCAAGUUUUGUUCAAGAACAACCACCUGUUUCUUUAUUUAAGACCACACAACGACGUCCAUGGCCCUGGCAACGAAAUUACGCUAAUAGGGAAAAAAUUCCACGUAUGACACUUCAGGAAGAAGCAUAUUUAUUACAACAAGUUAACAAAUCGACCCUGAACAUUGCACCUCCGGAAAUCAGACGAUUUUACCGAAAGUUAGCUGUACGAAAAUUGAAACGUGAAUAUGGUUUACCUACAUUAGAUAUGGAUAAUUUUGGUUGUAAGACAAAAAUACUUGAUAAGCCUUUAAAAGACUCUGGCAGAGUUUUAGAUCGAUUUUUUGGCGAUGAUUUAAGUUUGUUUGAACAAAGAUUACAAGGAUACAAUGAACCCACGUCUGUACACAGUCCAUAUACCAAUAGAAUUUUAAAACCAUUUAUAAGAAGAGAUACUUCGUGCCGUCCUUUAUGGUUGAAAGUAAUGGACGAACUUCGUGCUAAGGUCAAUAAAUCUAAUCCUAAAUGGAAAGCAACACCACUGUCAUCGAUCGACUAUUCUUACGUGAGACCACAGCACAUACCUGCGAUUAAUAGUUUGUGUAGUCAAUUUUUUUGGCCAGGCAUUGAUUUGACAGAAUGUUUGCAAUAUCCUGACUUUAGCUGUGUGGUUCUGUACAAAAAAUUAGUCAUAGGAUUUGCAAUUUUAGUUCCCGAUGUUGGUUACAAUGAAGCAUACAUAUCUUUUUUUUUAACUCGCCCCGAAUGGCGUAGAUCUGGUAUAGGAACAUUUAUGCUUUAUCAUCUAAUUCAAACGUGUAUGGGCAAAGAUGUUACGUUACACGUUUCAGCCACUAAUCCAGCGUUAAUUUUGUAUCAGAAAUUCGGUUUCAAAGUCGAGGAAUUUGUUCAAGAUUUUUAUGACAAAUAUAUGCCACCGAAUUCACGAGAAUGUAGACAUGCGCUGUUCUUACGACUGAGUAGAUAAAAAUGUUAAAAUGAUGCAUUUAUUACGUAUUUAUUAUGUAUAAAAUAUAUAUGCAUAAUGUUAAUUAAGUCAAUUUUUAUUAUUAUAUAUAUAAUGUACAUUUAUUUGUUACG